GAUGAAUGCACCAACCUUUGCGGGGACUGAGAACCCCACAGCGGUGCUGGAGUGGAUCAAAGAAUUGGACAAGAUCUUCGUUGUGCUACCCCUCCCUGACCGUCAGCGGGUAUCCCUCGUAGCUUAUCAGAUGAAGGAGGACGCUUUCGACUGGUGGAUUGACCACUGGGCUCGGAGACCAGAGGCGAAGCUUCAUGCACUCACUUGGGAGCAAAUGAAGAUGAUGGCGCGUGGCAAGUUCCUACCCCAGAGCUUUUGGGACAGGAUAGAGCAUGAGUUCUACCAUUUGCACCAGGGAAGCUCCACGGUGGAUGAGUAUAUCCGCACUUUCACCCGUAUGUGCCUUUUUGCGGGCGACGCAGGUAAGAAGGAAAAUUUUGAUAGGCGUGACAACCGAUCCUCCACUGGCCAAGCCUGCCCAAAAUGCGGUAGAUCCCACAGCGGUGAGUGCCUAGCUAACCAGCGCACGUGUUUGAACUGCAAGCGUCUGGGACACUAUGCCAAUGUUUGCCGCGAGCCGAAGAGACAGCAACAGCAACAGCCGCCCUACCCGCAGCAGCAGCAGCUUCCCCCACCGCCACCUCAUCAGCAGCAGCAGCCCCUACCGUUCCAGCAGAAGGUUGAGGGUCAGGCCCAUGCCUAUACCAUUACCCACGAUGAGGCCGCCCGCAAUACAGGUACUAUGUCCGGAAUGCUUUCUAUCUCCAAC